AAGAAGAAGAGGAGGCGGAAGUAGCGGCAGCAGAGUCUGUUAGCUUCGUGCUAACUGCAGCGACCCAGAGGCAUGUCUACGGCCUCCAAGGUGGUUCUGACGGUUUCUGUGGUUCUGACUGUCAGCGCGGUGGCCGGGGUCCACCUCAAGCAGGCCUGGGACCGGGAGCGUCUGCGUGAGGGCGUCCUGCGGGAUCUGGACCGGCUGCAGAGGAAGCAGCAGAACCUGCUGGAGGAGCAGAAGGUUCUGACCGGACAGCAGCAGGAGGAGAGGCGGGGCCAGGAGGCCAGGCUCCGCCCACAGGACACCUGAGCCAGGGUCCAAACCGGCAGCCAGUCACCUGACCCGUCCAGGCGAUGGAGGGCGGCGGCGGUGCGGCAGAGGGGCUGGAGGAAGGGGAAGUG